AUGCCGCGAUUUGGGGCGGUGAUCCACCGCCUUCCAAUCGAAGGAGUCAUGCUACCAGAGAACGAGAAAGACGUCAUUGACAAAACUACGGAAGAGAACGACCUCGUAACCAAAGGCUAUCACAUCGAGGAUGUCGCAUGGCUCAAGAAACCAGACAAACCGUUGGGGCACGCACUCCUCUCCGGGCAUGUGGUUUGA